UGGUGGUGCUUCCUUAGCAAAAGCAGAAACAACAUGAGACAUCAAAUACAAGCAUGGAGCGCAAGCAGAAGGGUUACAGGCUUAGCUCUGCUGAUGCUUCUGCAGGUGGUGAUGGAUGUCAAGCCGAGUGAGAUCCCCAGAGCAUGCGGCAAGCAGGGAUCUAUGAAUCGGAUCGUGGGAGGACAAGAUUCCAAGGAUGGAGAAUGGCCGUGGCAGGUCAGCAUCAAGAUGAAUGGGAAACACCACUGCGGAGGGUCCCUGAUUACAGACCAGUGGAUCGUCACAGCGUCGCACUGCUUUAAAGCGUUCGGUGUACCUUCCAAUUUCUCCGUGUUGCUUGGGGCUCGAAAGCUCUCACAUCCCGGCCCUUAUUCCAUCACCGUUGCUGUGAAGCAGAUCAUCCUCAAUCCAAAGUACGAGGGAGAUCUGAGGGUCGGGGACAUCGCCUUAGUGCAACUGGAGCAGCCGGUGAAUUUCUCCCGCCGGAUCAUCCCCAUCUGCAUCCCGGAUGCCAGCAUUGACUUCCCCCCGGGGCACAAGUGUUGGGUCACUGGCUGGGGUGAUCAGGAAGGAAGAGCAACCCACCAGAUCUCUGAUACACUGCAGAAGCUGGAGGUCCCCAUAAUCAGCACAGACAAGUGCAAUGCUCUCUACCGCCUGGACUCUGAGGAGCCCAAGUGGACACGGGACAUCAAAAGCGACAUGCUGUGUGCUGGCUAUGCUAACGGGGGACAGGACGCUUGCCAGGGCGAUUCAGGAGGACCACUGGCCUGCCAGAUGGGCGACAGCUGGCUCCUCACAGGCGUAGUGAGCUGGGGAGAAGGAUGCGCACAGAAGAACCGUCCCGGAGUUUAUGCGCGUCUCACAUACUACCAGCCCUGGAUACACAAACAUAUACCAGAACUGGAGUUCACAAGCACAGGAGUCAAAGGUCAUGGGCCAACCGUGAAGAACAAAAGCAUCGAGAACAGCGCAUUGGCGUUCGGUUUUAGUUUCGCCUCCAUCGUCGUGGGCUCCAUCAUUAUGCUGGUGUCUUCUGAGUAUAUUCUUUAGAGAAGGGCAGCUGCUUUCUUCCCUGGGAUGGACUCUCUGCUUAUCCCGUAGCUUGGAAGAAGAUGACACACGUCAGAACUGCCAAAUGGAGGAGAAUUCAGGUUCGGCCGCUGGAAAUCAAGAAGUAUUCACUGCACCACAAACUCCUUGUUCCAGAGACUCGAGAGAUUUGCAGGAGCCGGUGGGACUUUUUCAAAUUUUUUGCCUUUCGUGGAAUCGGUCCUUCACCUCCGGAAGUGAUUUUGCUCCAGGGGGGCUUGGGACAGAAGGAUAUUGUCUGUAUCGCUUAGAGGGAACAGGGGCCUAUCGGAUUAGGAUGUGGGGUUAGCCAGGUAUGAUUCCUGGGUUACAGCUCUGGAUGGGCUGGUUUAUCUGGGAAAGGGAACUGCAAGCGAAGACUCCCGGAUUCUGACCCAAGCUAGAGGAAGAGGUCAAAAGCUGAGCUGUUUUAUGGAUUGACGUCCUCUGCCUUCAGCAGCCAGAUAGCAGGAAAGAGCUAUGACUCAGGAACAGAGGACACGAUUUGCAUGCAGAAGGUCCCCAAAUCAAUCCCCGGGAUUUUCAGUCGAACCAUCUCGGGUAGUAAAUGUUGAGGAAUAUCUUUCUCAACCAGCAAGUCACUCUCAUUCAGAGUAGAAAAAAGCUAAGCUAGAAGAACCAGUGUUUUCCAUAUGUAUUGUAUUACGAACAUUUAAUUCUAGGGUCCCCCUAUGUGGUCCCUGUGGCACCCACCACCACCAUUUCAAGUCCCCGCCAAGUGUUUUUUAAAGUGGGUGGGGUCAUUGGAGUCCUUCCUUCCAGAUACUGCCAGAGGAGUGUCCAUUUGCUAGUGCAAUAUAUAUACUUGUGCAUAUUCAAGAAGUGCGCAUGCACACGAACGCUCAUAUCCAGGAUUAAACUUUGUUGGACUUAAACGUACCACUGGACUCAGAUUUUUUUUUCUGCUGCUUCUGACCAACACAGCUCUAUUCUACGGUUCACUGCCUCUGUAACUGGAAUUUGAUGCUGCUCUGGAAGCCGAAUUUCUCCUGUCGAAACAUUCGUGCCAGGUUUAUUAGGUGACUUCAAGGCCUGGUGAACUCC